AAGAAACAGAAAACCAAUAUUGGGGCGGGUUUGGAUAUCAUUUUAGAAUGUAUACUUCUCUGUCUGAAAGUGAGAGCGAAAACUUGUACCGAGUGACAAUGCAAGGCAAGUGGGAAGAAGUAGUGAAAAUAUACGAGAAAAAUCCAAAGGCUCACAAGAUGAGGAUCACGCACGAAGGUGGUACAGCUUUGCAUUUGGCAGUCAUAGAAUGCAGAGAAGAAACUGUUUUAAAACUCGUGCAGGAGAUUUGCAAAAUUGACAAAAGUGCACUUGAAAUCCAAAACGACAGAGAUGAUACCCCUCUUCACCAUGCAGCUUCAGCGGGGAGUAAAAUCAUGUGCAAGUACAUCGUCGAGGCAGCUAAUCCACGGCUGAUUGGCGUUCGGACCAGCACCGGAGAGACUGCUUUAUUCAUUUCAGCUAUUAAUGGAAACAGGGAAGCUUUCUUCUAUCUCCAUUCCGUGUGCUUUGACAUCUCUGUCUCUAAGAGUUUGUCCGAUUGUGAUCUCUACUCUUAUACCAGGAGAUCCAACAAUGGUGACAAUAUUCUGCAUGCUGCAAUCAAUAACGGGCACUUUGAUUUGGCAUAUCAAAUAAUUCAUUUGUAUGGUGAUCUUGUUACUUCUGUCAAUGAGAAUGGAUUAACUCCACUCCAUUGUUUGGCCAAGCCAGAUGCCUUCAAAAGCCCUUCUUAUAACCUUGGUCUAUGGAAGAGACUCAUUUAUCAAUGUAUUGUUGUGAAGGAGCUCAAGGAAGAUCCAAUAUCAAAUCUCCAAUCUGAGGAAGGAAGCUCAGCCUCUGAUGUUGAGAUCCCGAUCAGCGAUAAGGAUACAGGGUCCCAGUCAUCAAUUCCUAGCAAUGAAAUGCAAGGCAUAUUUCUGACUAGCUAUGACAAAUUCCUCAAGGUGCUAGCCACUCUUGGUGACAAAUUCCUCAAGGUGCUAGCCACUCUUGGAGUAGGAAUAAAAAGGAUAAAAGAAAUUGUACGGGAGCUAGAGGAACUGAAAAAGGAGCAUAAAAGGUCACUUCAAGUCAUGAAUGAACUCUUCGAGCGUUCUAAAUUUAUAUACAAGCACAAAGAUGCUGGAAUGAAAAAGGAAAAACUAUCAUUGGAGGAAGAAGACGAAGACGAUGAUAUGGAGGAAAUAUUCAACUCAGAGAACGGAAUAAAAAGGAUAAAAGAAAUUGUACGGGAGCUAGAGGAACUGAAAAAGAAGCUUAAAGGGUCACUUCAAGUCAUGAAUGAACUCUUCAAGCGUUCUGAAUUUAUAUACAAGCACAAAGAUGCUGGAAUGAAAAAGGAAAAACUAUCAUUGGAGGAAGAAGACGAAGACGAUGAUAUGGAGGAAAUAUUCAACUCAGAGAAAGAGAAGAUUCCACCCCAAGAAACGGCAGAAAUUGAUGGCAUGGUAAUAAUGGCGGCGAAAAAUGGGGUGGUAGAGAUAGUUGAGAAAUUUCUGGACAAGUUUCCUGCGACCGUCCAUGAUAGGGACCAAAAAAUGAAAAAUAUACUGAUAUUGGCAGCUGAGAACAGGCAUCCAAACGUAUACAAUUUAUUGAUAAAGAAAAAUAUAAAGAAAAAAAUUCUCUCUAAUACCACCUUUCUGAAAGCCGAUUCAGAAGAAAACAAUGUAUUACAUGCUGCAGCAACGUAUAAGGAAAAUAAACCUUGGCCCAUUCCUGGGGUUGCUCUGCAAAUGCAGUGGGAAAUCAAAUGGUUUGAGUUUGUUAAAGCUUCUAUACCACCUCACAUCACUUUUCGCCCCAACCUAGAAGGAAAGACACCAGAAGAAGUUUUCUCAGAAACCCACAAGAAUCUCAUGAUAGAAGGCACAAAGUGGCUCAUCAAAACCUCUGAAUCUGCUCUGUGGUGGCUGCAUUAAUCGCUGGCGUGGCUUUUGCCACCUCCGCUUCCGUCCCCGGAGGUACUCUCGACACAAGUGGCAAACCCAUCUUCGAAAAAGAACCGGCAUUCCAGGUCUUUUCCAUCUCAUCGCUCAUCGCGCUCUGUUUCUCAUUCACUGCCUUGGUUAUGUUCUUGGCCGUCAUCACGUCCCGAUUUCAGCAAAAAGAUUUCGCUAGGAGCCUUCCUCUGAAGCUGUUACUGGGCUUAUCGUCGCUUUUUGUUUCCAUUGGUGCCACGUUGGUUUGUUUUUGCACAGGCCAUUUUUUCAUGAUUGGAGACAGACUCAAAAAUGCUGCGUAUCCGGUCUACGCUUUGACAUGCUUUCCGGCUUCUAUUUUUGCUGCUGCCCAGUUUCCACUCUACAUUGAUCUUUUUCUGAGUAUUUUCAGGAAUCCCUUUAAACAUUAUCGUCGAUACAGAGUGUGAGAUUCAUAUUCUACUUACCCAUAUACAGAGCUCAGGAUAUCCUGUAUGUCAUCGGUGAUUUUUCGGAAGACUCCGUGUUUUUUCACAUGGAUCAUAAAUAAUCCAGAGUCCUUGACCCCAAAAAACUGCUGACAUACAAAAUAUUCCGAGCUCCAUCACUUAGUAGAGUAUUUAUAUAUAUAUAUAUAUAUAUAUAAUGCAGUGCCAAUUGAAUACGUCGAAGUCCAAAUCUUUGGUUAUUGACAGCCCAUUUCCACAUGUUAUUGAACACCUCUACCAAAUAAUAUUAUGUUAUGUUAAAGUUUAUAUCUUUGAAAAUAAUGUUUUUUUCUUAAUAUUUUUAGCCUCAUCCUAUCUAAAAUAAAAUAAAAUAUAGGGAAGAAUCCUUUUGUAACAAAUUUUCAAUUGGAUUAUUACGUGUUUGCUUAUAAGUUUGUAUUACUUAAAAUAAAAUUAAUAUUGACACAUAA